AUGAAGACCCCAGAUUUCGAUGACCUGUUGGCAGCGUUUGACAUUCCUGACAUAGAUGCCAAAGAGGCCAUCCAGUCUGCCCCAGAAGAGGCGGAGGGGCCCCAUGGAGCUGCAGGUGCACCCCUCGGGAAACCGGACAGCGUUGUGGGCGUCGGGUCAUCCAUGAGACCACCGAGUCCCCCAGACCCCCAGGGGGACACCUCCAUUGUUAGUGUGAUUGUGAAGAACAAAGUCCGCCACGAGACGGCCGACGGGGGGCAGGGGGACGCAGACCAGGACCCCAUCGAUGUGAUGGCGGGGGUGGACGUGGGUCCCAGACUGGGGGCCUGCGCGCCCGGCAUGGCGGAGUCCGAGGCCAUCAACCACAACGGCUUCGGAGCGUCCGGCGUCUCCACCCCACUCGCCCUCGGCCAGGCUCAGUCCAACGGCGCGCCAUGGUCCAUGAACGCCUCCAAGGUGUCCGAGCCUGCCGGCAUGGGCAAAUCUCACAAGCAGGGCGGGAAUAUUUUCAACAGACUCAAACCGCUGGUGGCGCAGGGAUCUGGGGAUCCGGUGGGCCGGGCCAGGAAGAUGCAGCUCCUGCAGCAGCAGCAGCAGCAGCAGGACACGGGUCAAGAGAGAGCAGACGGGGUCAAGGCCUCCUUACCGUCUUCCUCCUCUCUAUCGGCCGGCUCCUCCCCUCUGGCCGCUGGAGGGCCCGUUGGACUGGCCUCUCCGUUCUUUCCGCCUUCCAAGCCUCUGCUUUCUGCCUCCCCGUCGGUGCCCUCGUCACACCCGCUGCACUCUUCUCAGCCUUUUAACGGAGCCCCCAAAGGCGUCUCCGCCGGAUUCCAGCACCAGCAGCUGGAGGAAGAGGAUUCCGACCCGGAUUUGGGGAGUCCGCUUGUGAUCCAGGAGAACCCGGACUCCCCAGCCUGCACUCAGCUGAGCCGCCGUUACAAGGCCGACUCUUUCCCACAGCCCACCCCCUCUGCCUCAUCUCAGCCCACGCCGGGGGACACGCCCUCCCUGACGUCGUCCACCCCCCAGUCGGGCCCAACAGCCAGCCCCCAGGUGGAGGACAGACACCCAGAACACGUCAUAGAAGAAAGAGACUCGCCAGAAAGCCCCGAACCGGAGAUACCAAAGUCCACAGCUCAGGUCGCGGCCAAGAGAUGCUCCAGCCCUGCCGUGGCCUCCACUCCUCCCCCCUCUGAACUGCGGGAGCCUAAAGAAGAGGAGGAGGAGAUGGAGGUGGGGAACGGGGUGGACAGGGACGUCGAUGCCAAGGCCGAGAAGGGAGAAACUGCCAAAGCGGGUGAGGAGAGCAUGGUGUUGGGGGACGACACCAGGUCUAAACCCCUUCCAUCCGACGGAGGGGAAGCGGUAAUCUCUGCGCCUGCUGCCUCUGGAGCUCCAUCCCGACCCCUCAAAGUUAGGAUAAAAACGAUUAAAACCUCCACAGGGGGGAUAACCAGAACUGUGACGAGGGUGGCCGGUAAAGGCGGAGCGGCGGGGAAGGGCCUGGACCCCAAAGCUCAAACCGGGGAGCGCAAGGCAUCAGGAAACAAAGGCCAGAAAGCCGAGGCUUCUCCUGGUCACAUGACUUCUCAGAAGGUAAGCGCUCUCAACGCCCUGCCGGCGUCCACCCUGGCGGCCAGCAGCGUCAUGCUGGCCGCCGCCACCAAAGUCCAGAACAAAAUGGCCUCGUCCGACAAAGCCAAGGUCUCUGCCACCGCGGUGAGCAUCACCAAGUCCGCCGCCCUACCCGCCACCCCCGCGGCGUCGCCCAAGUUCUCGGUGGCCGCCGGCGGGAUAAGCGUGCGCACGGCCGCCAACAAAACGGCCAACGGCGGGAGCAUCGGCGGCGGCCUGCAGCCCAACAAACCCGCCUCCAUCGUCAACAGCACGGGCGCCGUCAUCUCCCGGAGCCAGUCCAGCCUGGUGGAGGCCUUCAACAAGAUCCUGAACAGCAAAAACCUGUUGCCCAGCUACAAGCCCGACCUGUCGGCGCCCCCGCCGCCCGAGUGGGGGCUGCCGCUCCCCGCCGCCGGGUACCGCUGCCUGGAGUGCGGGGACGCCUUCGCGCUGGAGCGCAGCCUGGCGCGCCACUACGACCGGCGGUCGCUGCGCAUCGAGGUGACCUGCAACCACUGCGCCAAGAGGCUGGCCUUCUUCAACAAGUGCAGCCUGCUGCUCCACGCCAGGGAGCAUAAGGAGCGGGGGCUGGUCAUGCAGUGCUCUCACCUGGUCAUGAGGCCCGUCACCGUGGAGCAGAUGAUUGGCCAGCAGGACAUAACGCCAAUCGGUGUCUCCUCUCCCUCUGCCACUCCCGGAGGCCCAGCCUCCGCCUCCAGCCCCAUGAAGGACGCCUCGUCCCCGGCGGCGCCGCAGCCCCGCCCCGUCCGCCGCGCCCCCCAGGGCCCCCAGGCGCUGAUGCCUCUGCCCUGCAAGAAGGCCGAGGGGCUGCAGUACAACAACUUCAAGUGUCCGGAGUGCCAGACGCAGUUCUCUGGCAAGACGGAGCUGGUCACUCAUUUCCAGCAAAUCCGAGGGGCCCCCAACUCGGUGAGACGGGCGGCGAAACUGCGGAGCUCCUGCCGGACGCAGUUCGGCCUCGAUAACACGUGUACGCAGUGCUCGCCUCCAAUGAUGCUUCCCAACUCCUGCGCCGUGUCCGCCCACCAAAGGAUCCACAAGCACAGGGCGCCUCACGUCUGCCCGGAGUGCGGCGGGGUGGCCCGGCAGGCCAGCUUCCAGACCCACCUGGAGGAGGCCUGUCUGCACUUCGCCAGACGCAUCGGCUACAGGUGCUCGAGCUGCCAGGUCGUGUUUGGAGGGUUGAACUCCAUCAAGUCCCACAUCCAGACCGCUCACUGCGAGGUCUUCCACAAGUGCCCCAGCUGCCCCAUGGCGUUCAAGUCUUCCCCCAGCGCUCAGAGCCACAUCAGCACCCAGCACCCCACCCUCACUGGGGGGCAGGCCAAGAUGAUCUACAAGUGCGUGAUGUGUGACACGGUUUUUACCCAAAAGCCUCUCCUCUACAUGCACUUUGACACCCAUUUAGCCAAGCAAAAAGUGCACGUGUUCAAGUGUCCCGACUGCACCAAACUCUACGCCCAGAAAGGCUCCAUGAUGGAGCACAUCAAGACUGCUCACAGAGGCCCGUUAGCCAAGCAGGAGCCGCAGCCCGACGCCUCUAAUCCCGCCUCGGCCCCGGCCAAUGCGUCCGGCCCCUCCGGCCUAAAGUCCAAACCCUCCGGGAAGCCCGACACCUCCGACGGCGAGGACUGGGGGCGGGAGCAGGAGGAGGAGGAGGAGGACGACGACGAUGACGACGAAGGGGACGAGGACUACGAGGCUCCAGGGGCCCACUCUGCCGCCGCCGGGGCCGCCGCCAGCGCCGGAGGGGGGGGCAGCCAUCCGAGCGCCCCGACGGAGUGGACCUGCCCCCAGUGUCAGACCACCUUCACCGACAACGACGACUACCUGAGCCACGUGAAGAUGGAGCACGGCAAGGUGGGCGCCAUCCCGGUCCAGGGCUCUCGGAUGCGAAGCAGAGGAUUCCCCUGUCGGAUCUGCGGCGGCACCUUCAGCACGUCCUCCAGCCUGCGGCGCCACGAGCGCGUCAUCCACGAGGGAAACAAGAGAGUCUUCCAUUGCCAAUAUUGCACAGAAGGUAAACGCACCUUUGGCAGCCGGUUCUUGCUGGACAAACACAUCCGGCUCCAUCACAGAACCCCAGAUGGACAGGGCCCCCCCCUCACCAGGAAGCGUGCAGCCACGGGAGCCGAGGGGGCGGGCAGCUCGUCGGAGCAGGACGGGGAGGCCGGUCCUCCAGCGGGCCGCGGAGCCGAGGAGGAGGAGAACGCCCCGGAGGAGGGCGGCGGCGGUGGAGGUGGAGGCGGCGCCGCCCCCGCCAAGCGAACCCGGGCGGCGGCGCCGUCCACCUCCUCGGGCCCCAGCGAGCAGGAGGAGGAGGACAGCGUGUUCCGCUGCGUCCCCUGCGGCUUCUCCACGGAGGACGGGGCGGAGUUCCAGCGCCACAUCCCGCAGCACCGCGGCGACACCGCCUCCUUCCAGUGCCUGCAGUGCGGCGUGUGCUUCGCCUCGGCCGGCUCGCUGGGCCGCCACCGCUUCAUCACCCACCGGGUGCGGGAGGCGCCGGCCGACGGUGAGCGCGGCGGCCCGCGGGCCCGCGCCUCCCCCGACGGCUCCCCCCCCGCCUCCCCCCAGGCGGCGGCGGAGGACGGCGACGGGAACAUGAGCUGCAAGGUGUGCGGCCGGCGAUUCGACAAGGCCAACGACCUCAACACCCACUUCAGGACCCAUGGGAUGGCCUUCCUGACCGCCCACAAGACAGACAAGCCCCAGUAG